AUGCAAAGAGCUUUAGAACAAGCUAUGGACUACGCGGAUCGUGUCAUUGAAAGCGCCCAGCAGAGACCUCCUCGGAGGAAAGCCUCAUCCACUAGGGGGAAAUCUCUGCAUGAAAAGCUGUAUGAUAUGUACGUUGAGGAGUGCGGGAAGGAGCCCGAAGGUACGGAGGACUUAACGCGCAAUGUGAACUUGCUGGAGAAGCUUGUUCGGAGGGAGUCCUUGCCCUGUUUAGUGGUCAGCCUAUACCCAGGCGAGGAGGGGUAUUCGCUGAUGAUAAAGGGAGAAAAUGAACUCUAUUCAGAGACCAUUAGACUGCCCUAUGAGGAAAGGGACUUUCUUGAAUACGUGGAUGCAGAGCAACUGCAUCCUAUUUUGGUGGAUGCCCUGGAAAACUCGCAAGCUAACAUUUUUCAGAGCGGGUGUGUCAUCACAGAAGUGCGGGACUAUAGACAGUGCACUAACGGGGACCGCAGUCCUUACCAAAGCAGACAUGUUCUCUUACGCCCCACGAUGCAGACGUUAGUUUCUGAUGUACACACCGUAACCAGCAAUAACCAGACAUGGACCCAGGAAGACAGACUUUCACUUGAGAGCCAGCUGAUCUUAGCUACAGCUGAGCCCCUGUGCCUUGAUCCUUCUGUAUCAGUAGCCUGCAUUGAAAACAAGCUGCUCUAUAAGAAGCAAAAGAUGAACACUCCCCCAAUGAGAAGGAAUUUCAAGAGGUAUUCUACAGCCUCCCUGAAUUGGCAGCAGAAGCUCUCUUAUAGUUCACCCCCUCCUGAGCUAAGGGCAUGGAAUUUUCACAAAAAAAGGAAAGAAAGGCAAGCAGGUCAGCAGGAUGACCUCAAAUUUCCCAAAGCAGGAAGUUGUGUAGAUAUGUGGAAACAGCAACCCUGUGACUUGGAGGUCCCUUCUGAAGUGGAUGUGGACAAAUAUGCUAAAGAGGAGAGGUCUGUCGCAUAUGAUGAUGCACAACCAACAGUCUGGCCAGCCCUGGAGACACAAGAGGAUUCUCUAUUUGGAUGUGAAGCUGGCGAUCCAUCCCAGAUAACAAAACCGACCGUCAUGCAGUCUCUGAAUGAUCCAUUUAUCUCUGGAAAGAGAAAGUCACGUAAAAAAGCCAGACGUAGGAGACGGAGACAGAUGUCUCACCACCACUCCUCCACAGAUGACCAACCCAGUAGUUCCAGGCCUGGGUCACAGACUGGUGAUGGGAAAGCAGCCAGGCAGUCCGAGGAAUUGGUGCAGAAUUGGGUGGCACAGAGCUCCAGUGGCUCCACCAAUCUCAGCCAGCUUUCUCCAGGGAGAGCAGCGGAACAGCCUCAGGCUGUGUCAAUUCAGUCUCCAGUUGAGGGCCAGGGAGGCCAACACACACCUCCAGCCAUCCCUCUUCCCUGCAGCUCAGGAAACAGCUCCUGGGACAACAGUUUUACUCCACAGCAGGCAAGCAGCUUUGGUAAAUCUCCAUCUCAUGCCUCUGCUUCAGAGCCACCAAGUCUUCCCAAGAAAUCUUCUGUGAAAGGGAACCAAGCUCGCAUACUUCCUGCAGCCACCGUGUCUACUGCCAGCACAUCACCAAGUACCCCGGCCAGCCAGGUCAAGGCCACCUCUGUUCAUCCCAAGGUCACCGAAGUGGUGAGCCCUGCUCAUGCAGCCCAGACAGUGGUGAGAGGUUCUACGCCCCUGAAGGGCUUUACCGCUAGGACCAAGACUCCUAUAGAUAUCAAGCAAAGAAUUCUGUGCCUAGGAGGCCAGCGGCCAGCACCUACACAGCCUGCUUUACCAAAGCCUCCUUCACAAGGCAUUAAAAUUAUUUUUAAAAAUACUCCGGAGCUCACACCCAUAGCUCUAAUUCAGGUCCCAGGUUCAGCCAUUUUGAACACCCAGAUGCAGCCCCAGCGGCAGCCACAGCAGCAGCCCCAGGGGCAGCCACAGCGGCAGCCCCAGCAACAACCCCAGCAGCAGCCCCAGCAGCAGCCCCAGCAGCAGCCCCAGGGGCAGCCACAGCAACAACCCCAGCAACAACCCCAGCAGCAGCCCCAGCAGCAGCCACAGCAGCAACCCCAGCGGCAACCCCAGCAGCAGCCACAGCAGCAGCCACAGCAGCAACCACAGCGGCAACCCCAGCAGCAACCCCAGUGGCAGCCACAGCAGCAGCCACAGCGGCAACCCCAGCAGCAACCCCAGUGGCAGCCACAGCAGCAACCACAGCGGCAACCCCAGCAGCAACCCCAGUGGCAGCCACAGCAGCAGCCACAGCGGCAACCCCAGCAGCAACCCCAGUGGCAGCCACAGCAGCAACCACAGCGGCAGCCCCAGCAGCAACCACAGCAGCAGCCACAGCAAAUGAUCUUACCUGCUCCUCAAGCUGCUAUCAUUAACCUCAAUGAAGUAGGAAGUCUUCUGCAGCCCCAGAUGGUCCUGUUGUCUCUGCCUAGCUCUACCCAGACCAUACCUGGGCCAAGCCCUCCCCAACAGAGGCUUCUGUUCCCUGCUGCCUUCCAGCAGCUGCCACAGGCCCAGAUGGUACAGUUGAGAAUUGUGCAGAUCCCAGUGACUGUGCCAACCACAGAAGCCCCAAACAGCUCAGCUACCUCCACAUCCACAUCCACAUCCACAUCCACAUCCACAUCCACAUCGUGGCCAGCAGAAAGCAAGCCAGACAAAAGGGAAAAUGAAUAG